AGGGUGGAGGAGCCCAGUGGACCCACAGCAGUUCAGUUCUCCCAGCCUUCCUGCCCACUCUGAGAGCAGUACAAAGAGCAGCAGCUAGCCACAAUGGAUAUUGCCAUUCAACACCCCUGGUUCAGACGCGCCCUGGCCUCCCUCAACCCCAGCCGCCUCUUCGACCAGUUUUUCGGGGACGGUCUGUUUGAGUACGACCUUUUCCCUUAUGCCGCAUCUACCAUCAGCCCUUACUACAGGCAGUCCCUCUUCCGCAACUUCAUGGAAUCUGCCAACUCCGGCAUGUCUGAGGUGCGCUCUGACAGGGACAAGUUCACAAUUUAUCUGGAUGUGAAACACUUUUCCCCUGAUGACCUAAAUGUGAAGAUCAUUGAUGACUACGUGGAAAUCCAAGGCAAGCAUGGAGAAAGACAGGACGACCACGGCUACAUUUCCCGCGAGUUUCACCGCCGCUACCGGCUGCCCUCCAACAUGGACCAGUCUGGCAUCACCUGCUCGCUGUCCGCCGAUGGGAUCCUGACCUUCUGCGGGCCCAAAAUCUCCUCGGGGGCAGACUCCAGCCGCGGCGAUCGCAACAUCCCCGUGACCCGAGAGGAGAAGCCCACCUCCGCCGCUCCCUCUUAGGCGCGCGGGGAGAUGUCUGGGGGGACGGGGUUUGGGGUUCGAGGGUCCGGAGGUGUGGUGGGGUGGGGUGACGGUCCACUGCUAUCCCAAUUCCCCCCUCCUUGCUUCAACCCCCUUUCCUCUCUUACCCGACAGCCAUGGCGUAGGCGUCGGUGCAUAGCUAGUUACUCUUUCUGUAGAAGUUACUAUUGCAGUGAGGGUGGGUGGGUGGGGAACGAACGAGGGGAGCAAGCUGAGGCAGAACAGCAAAGAGAUGCAAAGAAAGCCGCGUGAGGCCACUAUCAAUACGUGUGCGUGAACUGGCCUGGCCCAUUUUACAUUUAACCCACAAAGAAAAAGACGCCUGAGACGUUAUCCUUAAUUACAAGGAAAGGGGAUACAGCGACGUUUCAGAGCAAAUGCACCGGUUACACGGACUGAUUCCUGACUGGCUGGGCAUGCGAUGAAACGUCUGAGGCCUAAGCGCGAGCCUGAUGAAGCGCAUAUUGAUGGAAGUCUGAGGGUGCUUACAAAAGACAGAUUCCGUCAAUGGGAUACGCUCCUGCAAACUCUCCCACUCAUGGGCUUUCCACUCCUCUGUUGAUCAUUUUUUCUUUCCUGUGCUGUAGCUUUCACCCUGUUAUAAUGAUAUCUGGCACAUCUUUGGAGAAGUCUGAUCAACAAAGAAAUAAAGUUGUAAAAUGAAA